AUGCCGAUAUUGCGAGUCGGCCAGCUAGUACCAUGCAACCCAGGGUUGGUUGCAGUAGCAAUCAGUUCCAGAACCAAGGCUGGUGAAAUCAACCCCAAAGACGUCAUGGACGCAGUAUCCAAAGUAUGUGCCGACCACGUCACAAAUCAACAACCACCAACCAAAGAUACCAAACCAAAGAGGAAGAUAUCCAGCACGGAUGUUCCGAAGACCCACGUAGUGGGUCAAUCAGUGGAAACGCCAAGAAAAGGCGAUAUCCACGAGUGGCCAACCUCGUCAGUCGAGGAGCAUCUACAGAAGUUUAUACAGCUGAACAUCAAUGGUCUGAACGUACCUGAACGAAAGACCCAACUGGUACAGCUACUACAAAGGAAGCAGUAUGAUGCCGUUUUUCUCCAAGAGUCCAAGCUCGGUUCAAGGAAUAAAGACCCUAUCAUCAAUGGUUAUACUUUGAUCAGAUUAAACAGACCUAAUGCUCUCAACCAUCAAAGUGAUGGGGGUCUGGCCAUCUACAUCAAAAAUGGUAUAUCCCAUGGUGAGGUUCCUCUGAAAACCAUCUCUCCUCUGGAGGCACAGACGGUAUCCUUUACCGACAAGUCAAAGUUUUUUCUAUCGUUAAUAUUUAUCGACCCGAAGUCAAAGGCAAACCUCAACGAUUCAAUGAAUAUCAGUAUGUUUACGAUCAGUUGCCCGGGACCAACAAUAUUGUGCUUGGUGAUUUCAACGCCAAACACGUAUUGUGAGGCUCGCCAACAACUGACACUAAUGGUAGACAAGUUGCUGAGUUCAUUGAGGCCAAUGACCUGGUUAGCAUAA